UGUUUUUUUUGUUGGUUUUUUUUUUCCCAUGCAGAAAGUGCUAUUGGCAGAGGUAGCAUUUGUUUUGAAAGGGAAGUCUGAUCUGAAGAGUGUUAGGAAGUUAGCUGGCUGUCUCUUCCUACAGGGUGUAGUGACAGCAAAUCUAGAUGGUUUGACAUGGUCACAGUGAGUAUCUGCCUGAUAGUUUGUAAGGGUGAAAGCAGUGACUGGACAGUUGCAUAAUAAAGCCGGAGGCGUUAAAAUAUGUACUGUUUUGUAAGAUAGUUGUGGGAUGAGAAGCUGAGUUUAAGAAACAGUCUUAUCUGUGGCCUUUAGAUGACUGAGGAUCUUUAGAACAGAAAGAUAAGAAAAUGCUGAGUAUCCAGAGAGAAAUUGUAGUCUUUUCUCUUUUAAGCAGUAUUUAAAUUAAUUUCUGUGAUAAUGAUGUAGGUAAGAUUGGAACAUAUAGGUUGCUUAAAGGCUAGUACAGAAUUGAGAGAUUUCAAUGCUUUGGGUAAUAGAGGUGUUUAUUUUCUCUUGUUAAAGAUGGCAUAUUAAGAAAGAAUGUGUAACUAAUUGUCUCAUUGCAGAAUGGAUAUAGAUUGUUUAUGCAGAACAACUGGGUCGGUCUGUGAUAUAGGCUAAGAUAUAGUUUGCUAAUUAUUUCCUUAUAGUAGGAAGUAGAGGAGAAAAAUUCUUUUAAAGUGACUCCUUGAAGUUCUUAAUCCCUACCUCUAGUCUUGCUGGUCUAAAUCUUGUUAGGUACUUUUUCAGCAUCAUCCUUAAGUCCUUAAACUCUUGUAGUCUGUUGUGAUUCCCUUAGUAUCUCCUUUUGAAGCACUGUAGGAGAUAUAACUAGGUGAUGUAUGUUGCAUCAGAAGAUGAGAUGUAAUUGCCUGCCAAUGAGAGACACAGUAUGCAACUGCUAACAGGUAAUCUCUCUUUAGCUGCAGUUUACAUCUACAGUUUGUUUGAGGUAGUUUGAAAUGUGUAAAAACUUACACUGUCACUUUUGUCACUCCAGUUUUAAAGUUGUAUGUUUGAGUGCAGCCCCUAUAGGGGGCUGCAGGGCUUGACCUAUAUGAAAUGAUGUAACAUUUGCUUUUGGCAGCUUAAUACAUAUUUGUUGCCAUAACUGAUACUAUUAGGAACUCUGUGGGCAGUGUCAUAAGAUGCUUCAGUUGAAUAGUUAAGGACACUGACUUGUACAGUGUAUGGGGAUGAUUGGGUCUUUGGUAUUUUUUGUACCUCCCAGCUCUUCUAGAUUGUGCAGUGUCUAGAUUGGGAGGAUGGGUGUUUGUUUUGUUCAAGUUUCUUAAGCUCUUGUUGUUCAAGAAUUGAUCUUUAAAAUGUAAAAAGCAUGGACGAUGCAGUAUCCUCAUGAAGGAGUGACUGAGGAAGGUGAAUUAUUUGUCUUUUUAUUGAGGGAUGCUGUCUAAAUCUGAAUGAUGUCACAUUGAUCAGCAAUAUAGAAGAACAUUCACUUUUGCUAGGGAGCAAAGUAGAAAUAAUUCCCAGAUAAAUUUGCAAUUGUUGCAGGAGUUGAAGGAGUAAAGGCAGGAAUUAAGGAGGCUAUCAAACAACGAAGAGUACCAAAAUAGAGGCGAGGUGAUGUGGUUCUAAAGGGAAAUUUACUUUCUAUAGUGAACCAGUGGAUUUCAAAUGUAAAAAUAAAACCACCAAGUAAAAUUUGGUAAUAUUUAAGUGCACAUACAUCCUUUUAUUUCAGUGAAAGUCAUGUAGCUAGAUCAGCAGAUAGGCAACUUAGUAAGGGUAACCUGUAAUGCAGACCUGAUUAUAUGGUCCACAUGUCACAGCCAAGCUUCAAAUUUGGCCCUCAUUGAUAAAUUUGGCAGGCCUAUCAGACAUUCCCCCUGUGUGUCUUGUCCUUUUUAUUGAGGUAAAGGGGAAAGGUAGUGUAGCUGUAAUACUUGUUAGUAAGGAGUCUCUCAGGUUCCAUUUCUGGUGGAUUUAUUGUCUUGAAAUGUGAGAGCUGCAUCCUUUGAAAAGAACUUUAGCCCAAAGUAUUGAAGAAUGUAACUGCAAAAGAAAAUGCAAAUCUGGAUGUAGGCAGAGUAAGAAAUAAAUUGAGAAAAACAUCAUGAGGACAGGCAGGGGAAGAAAUUAUGCAAAUAAACAUGAAAUGUGAUGCUUAUGGGAGGGGAACUGGCUAUGUGGUUUCUUCAUUAAGAAUUUUGCACAUUUUUUGUAAAGUUACAGAUGUAUAUACUAUACUAUUCUGUAGGGGUUUUUAUAGCUGAGCUCCCUAGAAAUGCUGUACACUACAAAAUGUGGGGAAAUCCUACCCUGCUUUUUGUUUGCUUGUUUUCCUAGUUUUUUUCCUGUGUGCAUUACCACACAAGAAAAAAACCCCUCCUGUCUUUACUUCUAUUGGAUUGUUUUGAACUCUGUAGUAUUACACAUCUUGUUUUAUAUGGAUUAAGUUAUAUGCAGGAAAACAGGAUUAAGAAUGAGGAAGAAAAAGUAGGAAGAAAAAUAAAUUGUUGCAUAUAUCUAUGUGCAUGUAUUAUCAGAGUAAGUAUGUGCAUAGAUAGGUUUUGACUGGAAAUCUUUAGCUGUUCUGUUGAAGUGACAGUGUCUUAGUAAUAAUGUGUAGGAGUAGAAUUUGGGAUAUUUGAUACUGAGAAGAACAUAGUUAUUAUUUUAGGGGCAAAUCACAGUUAUUGAUAUCAAUACUUUAAUAUAUUUGUGCUAAUUAGUUUUUAGUGUAUCUGUGCCUCUUAAAAUCUGAAAGGGGAGGAGGGUAGCUUUGAAAAUACAGUAAACCACUGAGAACUCAGUAAGCUCAUUGUUAGAACAUAGACACUUAUACAGUUAUAAAAAUAUUUUUUUAAAAAAAGUUGUUUUAUAAAAUAGUUUCUUGCACUUUACCUGCUGGCUUUUCAAUUUGGUAGAUAACAUCUGAACUCCAGCAGAGUUUUAUAAUCCCCACGUGCUUAAAUAUACUAAAUGUUCUUUUUCCAUUAAGGUUAAUGUUCGUGAAGAAAUUGAAGAGUUUUUUCCAAGAAUGUGGAAGAUAAAUCAAGAUAAAAGAAGGCUAAUGAAAAGUAUUAAAGAUCAGAAAAUUAAAAUUGAAUGGGGGAAAAAAUUGAACAGAAGAUUGGUCAGAUAGAAGCACUUGAAUAUUUUUUUAAGGCUAUAAUGAAUUGUUUGAAUUGGGGAAGAAUACACGAAGUAUGAAAAAUGAAAAACUCAAUGAAGAAUGAAGAAAAGUAGAAAGCAAGAGUGAAGUAGAAUUAAAAGAAUCUGGAAGAAUGAAUGGGUCCUAGGUUAAGUAAAUGAGUCUCGCUCCCAGUCUAAAUCUCCAGCUGGGAGUCCUGCUCGUGUAAAAUCGGAGAGCAGGUCAGGAUCUCGCAGUCCAUCGAGGGCUUCCAAACAUUCUGAAUCGCACUCUAGGUCAAGAUCAAAGUCAAGAUCCAGGUCCAGAAGACAUUCGCACAGACGUUACACUCGUUCCAGAUCCCAUUCCCAUUCUCAUUCCCAUAGGAGACGUUCUCGAAGCAGAUCGUACACGCCAGAAUACCGUCGUCGAAGGAGCCGUAGUCAUUCUCCAAUGUCCAACAGGAGAAGGCACACUGGCAGCAGAGCUAAUCCAGAUCCUAAUACAUGUCUUGGAGUGUUUGGUCUCAGUCUGUAUACUACUGAGAGAGACUUGCGUGAAGUCUUCUCCCGUUACGGACCUUUGACUGGUGUCAAUGUGGUUUAUGAUCAGCGGACUGGACGAUCAAGAGGAUUUGCUUUCGUGUAUUUUGAGAGAAUUGAUGAUUCUAAAGAGGCAAUGGAGCAUGCGAACGGCAUGGAGCUGGAUGGCAGGAGAAUUCGGGUGGAUUACUCCAUCACCAAGAGAGCACAUACACCCACCCCAGGCAUUUACAUGGGCAGGCCAACACACAGUGGAGGAGGUGGUGGCGGUGGAGCAGGUCGUCGCCGUGACUCAUAUUAUGAUCGGGGGUAUGACAGAGGAUAUGACAGAUAUGAAGAAUAUGACUACAGAUACAGGAGACGAUCACCAUCGCCUUAUUAUAGUCGAUACCGAUCACGAUCAAGAUCCCGUUCCUAUAGUCCAAGGCGCUACUGAAGAUCAGAAGAGUUAAAAGUUGAAGAUAUGAUUUUUAAAUACAAAGUUCAGAUCUUAGUUUCCCUACUGCUUUCCCUCCCAUCCUCCCUUGUCCUCCAUCCAGCUCUUUUACGAAUCUUUGGUUCAUUUAGAAUAUACAUAUCUUCAGUUGAAGUAUUCCUGUUUUCCAUCCCUCCUUAUUGUAAUACUCUUAAAUAUUGUAAUUGUUGUAGUUUUUGUGUAGUAAAACAUCUUAAGCAAAAUGAAAUAGAGAACCCAAAGUGCUGAUACGUUUUGGAAGUCAUUCCUAUUUUGUUUUUAAAACAAUUGGACUCCUGACUAAUCAGAAGAGAGCAAUGAUAUUUUUAAAGCUUGCAUGUCAUAUGUAGUAUACACACUCAGAUACUUCAGUAUAAACCUGCAUUUCCACGUAACUCGUUAACCUUUCUGUUAAAAAGUUUACCUAUUACUUUGAUAAACAAGUAAUGACUUUGAGCCUUUUCUGUAAUGACAAAUUUACUUAGAUAGUCAUGAACCAGAAUUUUUUUUUUUUAUUAUUAUUAUUGUCAGGUAGUUGCUUUGAGUGUAGACUAUUUGAGCUAGAGCAAAAUUUGGUAUUUGACUGACUGGGAAAAUAGAUCCUUGUACACUCAAAAUUAAUGCUGUGUUUUAUAGAUAAAGUUUCUGGAUUGCUGCACAGUGGAUAACAUUUGAAGUUAAAACUAAAAAUCCUGGGGGUUUUGUUUUACUUGUUGAAUAUUUCCCCUUAAUCGGUGCAGGAGAGAAAAUAUUUAUUGAACGUAGCAAUUAGUUAUAUAAUUUGCUGUUCACUUAAAAAAAAAAAAACAACACUAAAACAAACAACAAAUCCCACCAAUUUUUUGGUAUUGCAAUAAUGAUUAAGCAAAUUUUGUUUCCAGUCCUUUUUUGGAGUUUUGAAAGUAUGGAUGGAAAAACCCACAACUACAUGUAAACCUUUUUUCCCCCUUAAUAAAAGUUAAUUCCACUGAUAA